UGAAAACAGAAUAAGAAUGCACUAAUCGUAACAAUAAAACCUAAACCAAAGGAGAAGAACGGGUAUGAUCUUCCCCCAAUUCUCUCAUUCAUGCCCGUUCUCUUCUAGAUCUUAUUUUUAUGCGACCCUUCAUAUCAAUCUUCAACUUGCUGCUGAUCAUAAAAAAGCCUUUUCCUUCGGUGUAUAUAACCGAUUAUUGUUGCGAUUCAAAUAAGCCCUUUUGUUUUGUUGAUGAAUCUAAUUGCUUCUGAAAGGAAUUGGCUUGUAAACAUAGCCGAUUCACCUUCAUAUUUCGAUUUUCAUAUACCAUUGCUAUUACCUACCCCAUUCUGUUUCUCAAGAAGUAGAUGGGAUAAGGAGUUUUCACAGCUUCAGAGUGGAUAAAUAGGUUCAAUCAAAUUCGUAGGGUUUCUGUUUUCGAACAAUGGAUUCUUCUCAAGGUUCUACGUUGGCUCGUUAUGUGAAAAAUGCUUCUAUUCAGAGGGAUGAAUCUUGUUUCGAUGGUGUUCCUGUUUAUGUUAAGGAGCUUAUUGCUGGUGGUUUUGCUGGUGCGCUUUCUAAGACUUCUGUUGCACCCCUUGAACGGGUCAAGAUACUUUGGCAGACAAGGACGGGAGGAUUUCAUACUCUUGGUGUGUACCAAUCUAUGAAUAAGUUGAUAAAGCAUGAAGGCUUCCGAGGAUUAUAUAAGGGAAAUGGGGCUAGUGUUGUCCGGAUUGUUCCUUAUGCAGCUUUGCAUUUUAUGACAUAUGAGCGGUAUAAAAGUUGGAUCCUGAAUAAUUAUCCCAUGUUAGGAACAGGUCCUUCUAUUGAUCUUUUAGCUGGCUCAGCAGCAGGGGGAACUUCAGUUUUAUGUACAUACCCCUUAGAUCUUGCUCGUACCAAACUUGCUUAUCAGGUGGUUGACACAAAAGGAUAUAUCAAAGAUGGUAUUAAAGGAGUUCAUUCUCAAUCUGUAGGUCCUGUACAUAAUGGGAUUAAAGGUGUACUUACAAGCGCUUAUAAGGAAGCUGGAGUUCGUGGACUUUAUAGGGGUGUAGGUCCAACCCUUACUGGAAUUCUUCCAUAUGCCGGUUUAAAGUUCUAUACGUAUGAGAAGUUGAAGAUGCAUGUUCCUGAAGAACAUCAGAAGUCCAUUUUGAUGCGCCUUUCUUGUGGAGCACUUGCUGGAUUGUUUGGGCAGACUUUAACGUACCCUUUGGACGUUGUUAAGAGACAAAUGCAGGUUGGGAGCUUGCAAAAGGCAGAUCAUGGAGAUGCCAGAUACAGAAAUACAUUUGAUGGACUUAGGAAGAUUGUUCAAAAUCAAGGUUGGAGGCAGUUGUUUGCAGGCGUAAGCAUAAACUACAUAAGGAUUGUUCCUUCAGCCGCAAUUAGUUUCACCACUUAUGACAUGAUGAAGGCUUGGUUAGGCGUACCUCCCCAACAAAGGUCCCAAUCAGUUUCAUCAGGAUAAUUUUUCUGUGCUCACUCUUGAUGGCGAGAAUUUACUAUGACUGACUUCAUUUUUACUGGGAUUUCUCCUAUAGAAGAAUAUCACUGCAUAUGACUUGUAAACAUUAUUGUUUUAGGAGAACCCUUAUUAUUAGAUUAAUCAAUACUCAAGUUUGAUUGUGAUAUCAUCUGGAGAGUUCCCUCACAUUGCUACUUAUUCUUAUAACUGUAAACUUGUAGAUUGUCAGACACUGGAUGCAAUGCAUUUCAUCUCCAUGAAAAGCUGCUAAACGUUUCUUUCUGCAUUUAGAAUUUUGUUACUGCAA